CGUAGUGAUAACACUCUAUAUAACGCGGGCAACUUAAACUCCGAAUCCGCGUCUUACGACUAGAAUCCUGUUCUGAUAAGAGCAAUGUCUCCACGAGCUAAGAAGCUGCCAUUUUUCUACGAUCGGAAACGUUCGCGCAACGAAAUGUGAGCGACGACGAAAGGAAUUUCGUGAAAUUGAAGAUUGAAAAUUAACCGACGAUUAAUGUACAUCCCUGCUUCGGGUUAAUGGAGCGCAACCUAUGGAAGGGAACGCGAUGACACGCUGCCAACCGAAGAUGGAGGUUUCUUAAGCCCGGGAUUAGAAGACCGUCUAAAAUCCAAGCGCUCUCUUGUCCUCAUCUCAGAUCGAUCAAAUCAUUGACGUGAGCUCCUUGAAGAGCUUUAAACUUGGCGAAUCAGACUCCACCAACGCGCGCGCGGAAGCGCUGCUUCAAUCACGCGCUGCAACAAAUCUGUGGAGAUUCGAAACUGUGAUUCUACAUGAAUUACUGGAGAAAAGAAAACAUAGAGAAUCACUCGUUUGCCCUUGAUCUGCGGAUGAUCAAAGGUUCGCCCGCUGAGAACAGAUUUAUUCUACGUCCAGGGAAUUUCUGAGAAGCCGGUUGUCGCGGCGCAGAGGUCGCGGCAUAAACGACGCGCUCGUCGAUGAAUUAAAGCGUAUUAUUCCUGGGCUGGUCGUUCGGACAAUCGAUAAUGCUGGGUCGUAAAACUUCGCGCGCUGCACGUAGCGCGUCUGAUACAUAAUGCAAUUCUAUCGAGAGAGUCGAUGUCUCGAGGUGUGAAGCGAAAAGCGCCCCGGGUCAUUCUUAGUGCAACAAGGGCUAUUUGGAAAUUAGGAACAAGUGUGUUACUCGAAAUAAGUGAUUGUACGUGCUUACACGAGAGUGCCGCGGUAAAGUGCGGAUUUCCUUAAAUUUUGUUGUUUUUUUUUUUUUUUUUUGCGAACGAGGUCGAUUUUCGUGACGUCAUUGCGAAAACGAUUCGGAAUAGUGUCGGAUCUGGUAAAUAUUUGUCGAUACUCGAAAAUCGAGUAGUUUAACGCGUCACGAGGCAUCUCAUCGUGAUUCAAAGCCCGUUCGAUGCGAACCGAAAAAAACGGUCUUUCUAUAUUGACACCGCCGUAUCGAAUAGGGCUCGUGUAAAGGCUCGGGGGAUACGUGACGGGGCGCAUAAAUCGUGGUGUAGCCGAGCAAUUAAGAAGUAAAUCGGAAAAGAGGUAAUUAACGUAGUAUCUAAAGUACGAAGACGCGCAUGCCUCACGGUAAUUAAUUACUUUCAAUGUGAGUUUAGAAAAGUCGGGCCGAUCUCUCGGGUAUCAUUACGCGGACUUGAAGAAUGGCACGUAACUCGUGAAUAAAAACGUACAGGCGGGUGAAUUUCGAGGAUAAUCCUAAUUACCGAAGCGCGCAACGAAGUUGCGUCGGAAACUUCGGCGAGGUUACUGGAGAGGAAUUCUCUCGCGGGUAUAUACAGAAAUCUUGAAAAAUAUAUAAGCGAGCGAAGGAGGGAAACACGUGAGUCGCAAAGUCGAGUUCCCAAAUCCGCGAAAAUCAACCUCGUUUCUCCGGAGAAUUCCGGGCGAGAGCCGCCCGAAUGCGGGCGGUGCCGUGUGUGCUUCGUUAAACUGACAAUAAUCGUCAACCGCGUGUCACGAACUUGUACGUGGGAGAGAGCGGGUGUUGGCAAAUGAAAUUCCGGCUGUGCACUUACGAUGACGUCGUUCCAUGAUUCGAGCACUCGGGCAUCAAAUGCGUGAAAAUUCAACUGUGUUACAGUAUUGCGCACACAUUUUGCGACGGGAAGAAAAUUGUCGCAAAGAGAGAACGGAAGAGAUCUAAGAUUACGAAGAUUAUUCAGAGAUCAUUCGCCUGAGUUAUCUCGAAUGAAUAAAACAAUUUCCGUAUAGGCGCACUUGAGGUGGCCGCAGAGAGGAGCAGAAGAACGAGCGUUGUUCCGUUCGACGGUCAUCAGAGCAUGACGAUCCUUGUCAAAGUAUUCAGGCACUGAAUAGCCUGUCGAUUCGUUUAUAUAUCCGCAAGAGCGGAUUCACAGAAAGAGAGUGCCACAAAAGGGAAUCGCGCGACGUUAACGCGCAAGAGUUGUCGCGAAAACAACAAAUUUGCUAGGGAAGUUUGUGCGUUGUUGCGAACGGAUCAACCAGAAAACAAUAAUCGAUAAACGGUCGACGAUUGUCGUGGGGCAAGUGAUGGACUUUAUCGGAGUCGACAUGUGAUGCACAGCGUGGCGACAAACGAGUGGUGUGCGCGAUUAGUUACGAGAGAAUGACGGUGAUGUGUACGUCGUUUACGGAUGUUGUUCAGUGCCGGGAUGCUGCAGUGAGUAACUGUCAAUAAAAGAACGGCGAGUGUGACACAACGAGAUCAGUUUCGUCGUCGUCGUCGUUGUCGUCGUCGUCGUCGUUGUCGUCGUCGUCGUUGUUGGCGUUACCAUUGUCGUUGUCACUGUCGUAUAAACUGUCGGAGAAGGGUAAGAAGAGAGCCGUACGAUACCGCUCACAGAAAUACCCAGUAUGAAGGAUCAUCGAGGAGGAUGGCUGCGCGCCGUGCUAUCUCUGAUAACGUUCCUCUUGCAUCAGACAGAAUGCGCGGCCAAGAACGGAAGAUCUGUAGUGGAGCACCAUCCGUCCUCUUACUGGGAACAACCCUUUAGUCAGCCUUACUUCGACAACACGACAAAGAGGGAGACCACAACCACCGUCGGGCAAUCCGCUUACCUGCACUGCAGGGUGCGCAAUCUUGGCGAUCGUGCGGUCUCGUGGAUCAGGCAGCGAGAUUUGCACAUCCUCACUGUCGGCAUCCUAACAUACACGAACGACCAACGUUUUCAAUCGUUGCACAGCGAUGGCAGCGAUGAGUGGACUCUGAAAAUUAGUUCACCGCAAGUGCGAGACAGCGGAAUCUAUGAAUGCCAGGUCUCGACGGAACCCAAAAUUAGUCAAGCUUUCAACUUGAGUGUAGUAGUCUCGAAGGCAAAGAUCAACGGCAAUUCGGAGCUCUACAUCAAAAGCGGAAGCGACAUCAAUCUGACCUGUAUCGUACUGCAAACGCCGGAACCACCAUCCUUCAUCUAUUGGUACAAAGGCGAUAACGUGAUAAACUACAGCCAGCGCGGGGGCAUUAGUGUCGUGACGGAAAAGCAAACGCGAACGUCACGUCUUCUGAUCAGCAGAGCGCUGCCAGCCGAUUCCGGCAAUUACACCUGUGCGCCAUCCACAGCCGAGUCAGCUAGCGUUCUUGUCCACGUGCUCAAUGGGGAGCAUCCGGCGGCCAUGCAACACGGGAACUCUAGCAACAGCGGCGCGGCCACGCGGACGCUCGCGUUGCUCCUGUUGCUCCUGCACGCCGGCUCCUUCGCGAGGUGACUGGUCGAUCACGAGACACUGCAGUAAGAGAGUAACGGCCGAUAGUUUCACCCAAACAAGAUCGGGGCGACGACGAGGGUGGUGCGGAAAAGGAGAGACCAGAAAGGGAAGGACGGGCGGGAGCACCAUCCGCGCUAACCAUCACCUACCAGACUCUAUAAAUCAGCUCGAUCUUCUUUCCGCAUUGCGAUUGGCUCGCCAGGGUAGAAAAGUGCGCGGAGAGAAAGCAGAGAAGACAAUGUGCGGCAACCGUUAGCAGCUGCAACCGCGUGUAAGAGAGCUUCACUGGCUUUGCUCUCACUUCCGGAGCACGAACUCGGGGCCGGCCCUGUCCGGCUCACGUUUCCUUAAAGCUACUUUCGUGCCCCACAUGUUCUAUGUCUCACCGUACUAUGCUGCAAUAUCGAAAAUAGCGACGUGUAGAUCCGAGACGAUAUGCGAAUAGGGAAAUGUGUAAACUAGGUAACGACAGAGUGAAUUUUCUUCUUGAGAAUAAGCGACGUUCCAAAGGACGAAUGAUUUCUCUCAUGUCGACAUUCGCGACGACAGAAUUAGCAUUUCUUUUCCCCGGGCGCGGUAGAUCGCGUAGAUAACGUGGAUCGUGAAGAUCUAUUGGCGAACACAGCUGACUGUCAUGGAUUUCAAGAGGUAAGAACCAGCGUGUUUUCGUGCCCGGACGGACUAACCAGGCGACCCACAUACGCCGGCAAAACCACUGCGUGGAAUUCCACUCAAUUUCUGGUCACCGGAUGCGGUAUGGCUUCUUCCGUCGAAGAGAACAAAUAUUUUGAGGUUUACCGUACUUAUCCUCGGUCGCGCAAACUUCCGAGAUAUGUAUGUACCUAUAUACGCCGCAUCAUACGAAUGUCUCGCAAGCCGCCGGAUAUGCAUUUCGACCUUCUUGAAAACUUUGCGUCACCGGCUUUCGAAUGCAAUUUCUUUUCAAUCGCGAAUGCGCAUAUCAUAUACGUUCCAAUCUCAUAUUUUAUA